UUUUUCCUCCUCCCUUCCUCCUCUCCUUGCUGCAGCGUCCUCCCUCCCUCCCAUCCUCCUCUCCUCCUUUCCCUCCUUCCUUCCUUCUUUCCUUCCUGGGCCGGGCAACGCAGGACAGCAGCGCCUUUCCCUCUUUCCCUGGGAGCGCGCCCGGCUCAGCCUCUUUCUCUCACCUUCCCUGCCCAAAAGAGAGAGAGUGAGAAAGAGAAGAGAAGGAGGAAAAGUCUCUCUCUCUUUCCUCCUUCCUUCCCCCCAAAAAAGAAGGGGGAAAAGGCGUCUUUCCUGCACAAAAAGGAGGGCGAAAACGCGCGCUCCUUCUGCAUGCGCGCCUGUGUUCUGCUUCUCUCUCUGCGCGCGCAAAGGGGAUUUACUCUUGCUUUUUUCCUAUAUAUUAUACAUAUAUAUAAUUAAUAAAGACAGCCCUGCAUAUAUAGAUUUUUUUUUUGGUUCCUGAGGAAGAGGAGGAGCAAAAGCAACAGCAGGAGGAACAGCAACAGCAGGAAAGGGGAGGAGGAGAAGAAACAUGGCGAAAACCGAGCAGGUCCUGAGCCUGGAGCCGCAGCAUGAGCUCAAAUUCAAAGGUCCCUUUACAGAUGUUGUCACUACAAACCUGAAACUUGGCAACCCUACAGACAGAAAUGUCUGUUUCAAAGUGAAGACCACAGCGCCACGCAGGUACUGUGUAAGGCCCAACAGUGGGAUUAUAGAUGCCGGAACGUCAAUUAAUGUCUCUGUGAUGCUACAGCCUUUUGACUAUGACCCUAAUGAGAAAAGUAAACACAAGUUCAUGGUUCAGUCGAUGUUUACACCCAAUGAUACUUCAGACAUGGAAGCAGUAUGGAAAGAAGCAAAACCAGAAGAACUCAUGGAUUCAAAACUUAGAUGUGUGUUUGAGCUGCCAGCAGAAAACGAUAAACCCCAUGAUGUAGAAAUAAAUAAAAUUAUAUCCACAGCUGCAACAAAGACAGAAUCUUCUGUAAUGUCAAAAUCAUUAAGUUCUUCUUUGGAUGACAGCGAAGUUAAGAAAGUAAUGGAAGAAUGUAAGAGGCUUCAGUUCGAGGUUCAGAGGUUACGAGAGGAGAAUAAACAGUUGAAGGAAGAAGAUGGGCUACGGAUGAGGAAGGCUCCCCAGACAAACCAUCCAACCUUUGCUUCGGCCGCGGCUGUGAAGGAGGAGGGCCUCAGCACUAGACUACUCGCGCUGGUGGUUUUGUUCUUUAUUGUUGGCGUAAUUAUAGGGAAAAUUGCCUUGUAGAGGCCGCAUGCUGAGGAUUGUAAAUUGGAUUGAUGGAUCUGCCAUAUCAUUGGAUUAAAUUUAUUCAUAACAAAAAAUGUUUUAAAAAAAUGUAUGACAUCUCACAGGUCUUGCCUUUUAAAUUUUUAUCCCCUGCACAAAUAUAACAUUAACAUUAACAUAAUCUUCUAGAAAAAAAAGUUUUACAAAAAAUGUUCAAGGAGCAAGCAGGAGAAGAGAGGGUGGUUAUCUUGAUUGUGAGCAAUGAGGAAGAAAUCAUGUAUUUAACACUAAUGGUGCAUUCUUUAGAAGGAAAAAAAGGUAAACAUUUCUGGGACUUUGGUACCUAUUAUUGGAAUUCUCUUCUUUGGAGGCAGAACAAUAUUCCUCCACUGUUAUUUUUAGAGGGUGGCUUGGGCGUACAAGGUAGAAAGCUCUCUAUAAAAUAGAUUAACCCAUCAUUCUUCUUCGUAAACGUCCGGUGAGUAUGACUCAGGUCUCAGAAUCUUAGCUGUGUGACUCUGACUCUCCCAACAGCUAUUGAUCUCUGUUGGAGCUUCAAGCAUGACCCUGCCUCUCUGGGCCCUGCACCAUAUGCAGGGACUGCGAACUACUCACAAUGGAAGAUUAGGAUUUUGGGGAUAAAAAGAGCAGGUUUGGUGCCCUGGAAAGGAAUCAAUGGCACCAGUGCUUCUAAGAAGAGCAGAUGGUGUUUCUGUGGUUGGUCCCAGCCAAUCCCUGUACAGAAUGGGUAUAACGAAAAGCUUCUGGUAGUUUUGGAGCUUCCUAGGAGUGGGGAGCCAGAGAAAUUGAAGGGAGAAAUCAGCUGCAUGCUUCCUUCCCUCUUGUCAAUGAAAUAGUGGGGGGAACCUAGUGGAUAGUGGUGGGUUGGAAACAUCAGGGUGCCUCUUUUCCAUAGCCCAGCUUGAUGCGCUUGUUGCAUUAGGGUGCUCCAAGUUGGACUGGAAAUGUGGGUUCAGUAUCGCCAGGCUUUGUAGGGGAAAGGAGCAUUGUAUCAGGUCAUCUUAAAUCGGUUAAAAUGGCUGACCUCUGCCCCAUCUGUUUUCCAGUCCAGAUGGCACUCUGUAAAUGGGGACCAUGUGCUUUUCCCACUUUAUCCCAUCACAUUAGUUUUUGCAACACCUUGUUCGUCCCAUCCUCCAAGAGACCCUUUCCUCUUUAGUACUUGCACCCACAGCAAAUUGUCACAGGCUUAGGCACACACCGCAGUUUGUGUGCUUUGUGUGCGUUCGUGUGUGUUCUAUGUAACAUUGUUUGCCCCUCUUCAUCCAUUGCAGUCUGCCAAAGCUUUUCCUGAUCAGGAAAUAAAGUCCUGUCAGAUGUGUCUGUCUCUAGUGGGACAGGACAAUUUCUCAGUAGCCCUGGUAGAGAGGGAGAAAAAUAAAUAAAUUUCUCUCUUCACCCAUCAUCUGUUUAGGGGUGCCUUUUGGGUGAAAUUGUGUACAGGAGAUAGCAUCUCUCAGAUUGCAGUUGCUCGUGGAAAAGAGACGAGAAUUUAGGGGUGCACGCUUGGAAGAACGUCUGGCAGCAUAGAGAUUUAUAUACAGGAGAGUAGGCUUAUACACCCAGUUUUGUGAUGUCUCAUAUUGUCUUCAGCUUAAUGGAUGAUCUGGAUGCUUUGAGCGUGAAGGAAUAUGCACAAACCGAACACAGCCCCACUGCAAGAUUGAAAGGUACCGCUUGGCAGUCACCUGUGUCUCAGGUUGAAUGGAAGGAGAGCUGAUGCUUUGCUCUUCUAAAAGGGGACCAACCUACCAUUGCUGUCGGUUCAUGUAGCUGAGUUAAGACUCACAUGCCCAUCCAUUUAAUGCAUAUUUAACUUAUUUAAUGUAUUUCAUCUCAGUGUUUUCUUUAUUGUCAUGGAAAAUUUGGCUACUGUUAUAAAUGGUUAAAGCGAAAAGAGUGGGGAAAAGCACCUGUUCAAAGUUUGAUGGAAAGAGCAUUUCUUUUUUCUUUUUCUUGCUGUAGUGGUGAUGGAUUCUUCUGCCUCCUGAUACUUUGGGCACCACAUAAUUCUCAGUUUUCAUCAUCUAAACAUUGGGGGAAACUGCAGUCAGGAAGCUGUUUUGUAUAUAAAAUAAGUCUAUGUAGGGGAAAAAUUAGUAGGAAUUAGUUCUAUGCUGUUAAAAAUAAAAUAAAAGACCAAUCCUGUUUGACUAUGUAGCAUCUUUAAAAUAAUCAAAUAAAUCUACCCCCAAAUUGA